GACAUCUACACUGAUCAUCAGGGCACUGAUGAUCAGUGUGCCCUGAUGAUCAGUGUAGCCCCAGCAGUGGCACCUGUCAGUGCCCAUCAAUGCCACCUGCCAAUGCCCAUCAGUGCCACAUCAAUGUCACAUAUCAGUGCCCACCUGAGCUGCCUUUCAGUGUCACCUAUCAGUGUCAGUCAGUACCACCUAUCAGUGCUAGUCAGUGCUGCCUAUCAGUGCCAGUCAGUGCCGCCUAUCAGUGCGCAUCAGUGCUGCCUAUCAGUGCCGCCUAACAUCAGUGCCACCUAUCAGUGCCAUAUAUGAGUGCUGCCUUUCAGUGCCCAUUAGUGAUGCCU